ACAAUUACGAAGAGUUAUCGACCAUUGAUUCCAAACUUCAAAGCUACAUACGGCAAUCAUUCAUGUUUACAACGCUUUUAUUCAGUUAUAAGUGGUUUAAGACUUUGGUCUGUCAGGGGACUAUUUAUUAACCCCCGAUGUAAGAUCCUUUUACAGAAAUGUUACACUUUAAAUAAUCGUUUGAGUUCUUUACGUCUAGCCGGUGGCACCGGUACAGGAAUUGUUCUACGCGACCUGAGAACAGAUUGAGUUUUUUCAUUCAAUGAGUUUACGUGGCGUGUACAAUCAUUAUCUUGGUAAUUUACUGAGGAAAAAAAGUCUGCACUGUUCUUAUCUCUUCUCUUUGGGUUUCAUAAAAACAUGAUUGGGAAAUUGGACUGCAAGAUUACGAUUUAUUACAGUUAUAAAAAUUUACAAACAAUUUUUUUUAUAAUAGGAUCUCAUUAGAAUUCAAGUUCUUUUAGAAUUUCCAAAUAAUUGUGCGAUAAUCCAAUGAAGAUGGCACCCAUACACCCUCCGGGGACACUCAAGAAUGUGGACAUUGAAGUGCCGCAUCAUCACCGGAACUUUGACAUUGAGAAAACAGACACUUACAUACGCAAGACUGCAGUCAUCGCACUAUGGUACUUAUUCAGCUUUGGGACGCUUAUGUCAAAUAAGUAUAUAUUGUCAAAUCUGAAUGGUGACGCGGGAGUGCUUGGAGAAGCCCAGAUGAUGGCGUCAGCUGUGUUUGGUGCUUUCAAGUUGUACUUGCCGUGCUGCCUGUUUAAACAUCACCAUCAUCCUGACGCACCUAGGUUGCACUUCUUCAGGAAUAUGGCAAUUCUAGGGUGGAUGAGGUUUGCUACCGUAGUUUGCUCUCUGAUCAGCCUCAAGUAUGUUGCGGUAUCAUUCACAGAGACGGUGAAGUCAUCAGCACCCAUCUUCACGGCCCUGUUCUCAUGGAUUAUGAUAGGUGAGCGCUCAAGCCUGCCUGUCUACCUAUCUUUGAUCCCUGUGAUGGGGGGGCUAGCACUUUGCACAGCAAAUGAGCUCAGCUUUAACGUCAUUGGAUUCACUUCUGCUCUGAUGAAUAACCUGAUGGACUGCGUUCAAAACGUGUUUUCCAAGAAACUCCUCAGCAAUGAGCAGUCUUCCUACAGUGCUCCGGAACUCCAAUUCUACACGAGUGCUGCGUCUCUAGUCGUUCAGUUUCCCUUUUGGUUCUUUUUCAUGGACAUCCAAGUCAAGCUUCAGUCCAUGGAUUACCUGAUGAUGUUUAUGCUAGUCUUCAAUGGCUUCCUGUUCUACAUGCAGAGUCUGACGGCCUACGCACUCAUGUCUCUUAUAUCUCCCGUAACAUUCAGCGUGUCCAACACCGUGAAGCGUGCCGUGCUCAUCUGGAUCUCCGUGCUGAUGUUUGGGAAUGAGGUGUCUGCCCUAAGUGCUCUCGGGACCAUGAUCGUCACGUGUGGCGUGUUUCUGUACCAGCGUGCAAAGCGGCAAGAGGCAGAGCAAAUGGCGGCGGAGAAAGGCACGAUGCAUGUGCAGCAGACCGUUUAGGGACUGGGGCCAACUCCAUGCGGGAAAUAAAAACUUACUAGUGCUUCACGGGGAACGCAAAUAUGUCAAUGUAUUUCAAGUAGAGCUAAGUCAGCGGUUUUCAACAUUAUUUCUAUGAACUCGAUACUCAAACAUCAUCAUUUAACUCUUGUUCGUUAGCGGAUACGGAGGUUUUUAUUUGUUAAGGGUUGAUUGUAUUUUUGUUGAGCAAGUUAUGUGACGCAGGCUCGGGGUUUUAUAGCCCAAAUACGAGAAAAGCGAUGAAUUCCGGGGGAUAUUUUGUCUUUUUUAUCAGUAGUAGUAUAGCGGGUAUCAAUAGCCGAUCUACUUUAUUACUGUUUCUCCCACAUGGAGCACUCCGCUAUGAGGACACAUCUCUAAAGCAGGCAAGUAGAGGGAAAUGGUAAAUUUAAAGAGAGCUGUGCGGUGUGUUCAUGUAUUUUUGUUUUAUAAAUGGGUUUUGGAUA